AUGGCUGAUAAACCGUCAUAUUUCACCACUAAGGCGGGAAAAUACGCCCUCGGAGCGAAUCGAGGACCUCUGGCCCAGCAGCAUGUAGACGGAUCCCAAGUCGCACACGUGGAGCUGGCAGAUGGCACCACGGUGAAGGAGAGAGGAAGGCUGCGUCGGCACUGGACUCGGUUUUGGUGCUGUUACCUGAUCGGUGCCAUUAUCUUCCUGGCAAUCUUUCUACCACUGUUUUUCACCGUCAUCAUCCAAGCGAUCUCCCAGCGAGUGAUUGACAACGCCUCUCUCGUCUUAGUGGAAGCUAAGAUUAUGCAACCCCGGCCAGAAUCUGUUUUGCUCAGCAUCCAAACUGCACUUAAACUUACCGUCGACGUCCCUGUACGUCUUGACCCAAACGUUCUCCACCUAUUCAACAAUGAUCAGCCGGGGAAUAGCACAUAUUUGAAGGUCUACAAUGAUGCUAUUGUCAUCCAUGGGAACACGAGUAUUGGGGUUCAGAACCAGCUAAGUCCGGUAAAUCCUGACCCAUGGAAGCAUUACGUCCGCAGUGUGGUCUUCGAGCCACAUGCUCCGUUAUCUGCGUUUGGAACGACCAACAUAUACUUGGGAAAGCUGAAGAGUCACAUCACCAUGAAAAAGGACCUCCCUCAAAACACUCUCAAUUCGUUCGCUGGAUUUUCGAUAGACGACCCCAAAAUGCUUUUCCCGCCGCGAGAUGACGGGGUGAAUCUGGUUGCACAUGCGACAUUGCCUAAUCCAUCGGUCAUGACCAUAGAGAUUGGGACCAUAACCAUGGACUUAAAAAGCAAGGAUCUCAUCGUAGGAAACGCAACUAUUAACAACCUGACGUUGCGACCUGGAAACCACUCGACGCCACUAGAGGGAGUGGUCGAUAUGCACACAAUCAUAGAGAAUCUUCUGCCUCUUCUACAGGCGCAAGGAAGCUCUUUACGAGACGGAUAUCUUAGCCUCGAUGCUGUCACACGCGAAGUGGAAUAUGACGGCGUGGUGAUCCCAUAUUACACUGAAGUCAUGCGUGAUUUGGUCCUUUCGGCAAAGGUACCAAUCAAUGAUUUGCUGAUUAACUCGGUACAAGGGAUACUUCAUGAUAAUAGCUCCGAUCUCCAAUCCGUGCUGGAUGACAUUAGUGACCGGCAUGCGGCGAAGGGAGACAUCCUAUCGAACAUUGAUAUUGAGCAUCAGAGGCGACAUGAGGUCUUAUGA